CACACAAACACAAACACACACACACACACAGACGCAGACGGAGGGUUUAUCAGCUGCUUUCUGAAGGUCAGUGUGUGUGUUUUGCGCGUCACUGCGCGUCUGUCUGCUCGGAGACUCUGAAGAACUCAAACACAUCAGUUCCUCUUUGUAGAUCCUCCACAAUCACAGCCUUUGAUCUCCAAUGACGGCCUUUAGGAUCCUCCUUCUGAUGAUGACCUCAUCCUGCCUGCUGAUUGGCCGUGGGAGCUGUCAAUCAAACUCCUCUGCUGCGUCCGGCCGGCGUGACCCUGGGGGGUCGUCGGGGCGCGUGACCUCUGACCUGCGUGCGCGACCUCUGCCCCCCGCCUGCCUGAGGAGGACUUACAUGGAGGGUGUGUUCAAGUACGUGAACACGCUGCUGUCCUGCGCCAUCUUUGUGGUGGGAAUUGUGGGAAACGGGACUUUACUGAGGAUCAUCUGCCAGAACAGGAGCAUGAGGAACGGCCCCAACGCCCUGAUCGCCAGCCUCGCCCUCGGAGACCUCAUAUACAUCACCAUAGACAUCCCCAUUAAUGUGUACAAGCUGCUGGCGAUGCGGUGGCCGUUUGAUGACAGUGUGUUCGGUCUGUUCCUCUGUAAACUCAUGCCGUUCCUCCAGAAGGCUUCAGUGGGGAUAACAGUGCUCAAUCUGUGUGCGCUCAGUGUGGACAGGUACCGCGCUGUGGCCUCGUGGAACCGUGUUCAGGGCGUGGGGAUCCCGGUGUCCACAGCGCUGGAGAUCAUCUGCAUCUGGCUGCUGGCUGUGGUUCUGGCCGUCCCGGAGGCCAUCGGCUUCAAGAUGGUCAGUUUCGAGUACAAUAACGUGACCAUCCGCACCUGCAUGCUGAAGCCAGAGACGCCCUUCAUGACGUUCUACAGGGAUGUGAAGGUGUGGUGGUUGUUCGGCUUUUAUUUCUGCGUGCCGCUGCUCUGUACGGCUGUGUUUUACACACUCAUGACCUGCGAGAUGCUCAGUAACCGGAAAGGCAGUCUGAAGUUCUCCCUGAGCGAACACCUCAAACAGAGGCGGGAGGUGGCCAAAGCCGUGUUCUCUCUGGUGCUGAUCUUCGCUCUCUGCUGGUUUCCUCUUCAUCUGAGUCGAAUCCUGAAGAAGAUGGUGUACUUCCAGAACGAUGUUGGCCGCUGCGACCUGCUCAAUUUCCUGCUGGUGUUUGAUUACCUGAGCAUUAAUCUGGCCACCAUCAACUCCUGCAUCAACCCCAUCAUCCUCUACUUCGUCAGCAAGAAGUUCAAGAACUGCUUCCGGUCGUGUCUGUGCUGCUGGUGUUACUCAGACGGGUCUCUGAUGGGCAGCGGCGCUCCACUCAACGCCACCAGCCUACAAUACAAGAGUCCAGAACACAACCAGCGCAAGGACAGCUACAACUGACACACACACACACACACACUCACACACCUGACAUGCAACUGACACACACACACACACACAACCAGCGACAAAGACAGCUACACAUGACAUACACACAGCGCAUAGGCAGCUACAACUGACACACACACACACACCAUACUGCACAAUGACAGCUACAACUGACACACACAUUCACAUGUAUAUAACAUAUAACACACACACACCUGUAUAAUACACACUUUUCUUCUCGUUUUCACAGCAUGUUGUCUUCUGUCCAUAUAUAUGUAUAUACCCUGCUGCGUCCUCUUUAAAGAUGCUGUAAUAGUGAGUGUUUGUUAUAAAUGUGCCGUCUUCAGAACUCAAUGAAUCAAAUGUAUUAAAGAUUAUUUACAAACAGUAA